AUGGACAUCCCACUUUGGAAAUGUGUCACAGCUCUGUCAACCUUCAUGAUAUUAUGUUUUCAAAUUACUAAUGUACACAGUUUAGCUGUAAUGAGUGUUGAUCUUGGUUCAGAAUGGAUGAAAGUAGCGAUUGUUUCUGUAAGUGAUCUUAUACUUAACUAAUCUAUGUACAUAACAAAUAUAAUAUAUUAAUAUGACAUUUUAAUUUACUACAGCCUGGUGUCCCAAUGGAAAUUGCUCUAAAUAAAGAAUCUAAAAGGAAAACUCCAACUGCCAUAGCAUUUCGUAAUGGUGAACGUACUUUUGGAGAGGACGCAUUAACUGUUGGCGUUCGUUUCCCAUCAAAUUGUUACAUCUACUUUAUAGAUUUACUCGGCAAACAAAUUGACAAUCCAGUUGUAGAUCUCUAUAAAAAACGUUUUCCUUAUUACAACAUUAUCCCUGAUCCUAAAAGAAAUACAGUUGUUUUCAAACACGGUGAAUCGUAUGUCUAAACUUUAUAUAUUAUAUUUAAAUUAUACAAUAUUAUUAACUGAUACAUUUGUAGUGAUGAACAGUUUUCACCUGAAGAACUAGUAGCAAUGAUGUUGGAAAAAGCAAGAGAGUUUGCUCAAGAUAGUGCUGGACAAGCUAUAAAUGAAGUAGUAAUAUCAGUUCCUGGUUAUUUUGGUCAAGCUGAACGAUCGGCAGUACUUAAAGCUGCAGAAAUUGCUGGAAUUAAAGUAUUACAGUUAAUCAAUAGUUAUACUGCAGGUAGUUAUUUUUAUAGACAAAUAAAAUUAUGUAUUUUAAGACUAAAGUUAACAAAACGCAUACCAUCAUCAAUCUGAAUACUUGUCAUGGACAACCUGUCUUUCCCUGAACUAGUUAUGAUAGGCUAUAUGAAAAAAAAGGUAUAAUUAUUAUUGGAAAAUAAUAUAUCUCCCGUAUGAUAAGAAAUAUCAUAUAUUCAUAAUUAUUAUAAAUUUUUUUUGAACAUAAAUAUUUCAAAAAAUUCAGUGCAUGUUUGAAUUGUAUAAGAUGACCAGUCUUCGAUAAGACACUGAUUAUCUCAGAAAAUUUAAAUUUUCUGAGAAUUAUUCUAGUAUGGUUCCCAUGGAAUUUUUUUUUUAAAAAUAUAUAUUGUUGCUUGUACAUUAAGAAUAUAAAAAAAAAGAUGGUUAAACUUCAUUUGGAAGUUAUGGGGGAUCAAACCAAAAACCAGUUUUUCAUUUUCAAAUAGCAAUAUAUAUUAAAAAUUCUUAAUUACAUGAAGUUUUAAUUUAAAUAUAUUAUGAUGUCGAAAUGUUUAAUUUCUGUGAACCCAUUGACGAGAUAUUCCACUUUUUAAAUUUUUAGCAUAGCGAGGGAUUAUUGGUUUAACUAUGAUGUAUUUCUGUAGUUUUCUGUCAGUAAACAACUUUCUAAAAAUGAAAUUUUUUUUGUUGGUGCAUUUGGAAGAUUUUUUUUUAUUUCAUAAUGGUUUUUGAAAUAAUUGGGAAAACUAAAGAUAAAACGGCAAAUCAUUACAGCCUUACCAUUUUCAUUGUUUUUAUUAUGUUAACGAAAUGUUUUCUGCCAUAAAUAUUGCUCCAAUAGAUAAACAACAACCUAUUUGUUGAAUUUUUUUAAUUUUGUUUAUGAGUAAGUUAAUCAGUUUUUUUGUAAUUUUAUCUUUAGAUAUGAAAAACAGGAAAAUGAAAACUGACAAAUUUACAAUUUCAUUAUUUUAAAUUUGUACGUUUUUCAUUUUCUACUAUAAUUAUUGCUCCAAAAAAUAAACAUCAAGAUAUCUUUUUUGUUGAAUAUUUAAUCCAAUUGGCGAUCAUGAAAGUUGUUUUUUUAAUAAUUGAGCAAUAAUAAAAAAAAAUGCAGAAAUUAUGGGAAAAUUUACGAUAAUAAUUCUUUUAUUAUUUUCAAUUUUGUUUUUUUUUAUUAUUAUAAUUAAGUUAAAUAUAUUCAUAAUGACUUAAAAUUUUGACAGUCAACUUAAUUUUUUUGAAAAUAUGCAUUUUCUAGGCGUGGUCAAAUUUUCAAAACGAUCCAUUUGAUCCAUUUUUGAUCUAAUUAUAGACAUUUAAAUAUUUUUCGUAUUUUUUAUUUAAUUUUUAUUCGGUAGGUACUCUGUAGAUAGAUAAAAUUGUCAGACUAAACAGAAACGCUUAAAAAUUUAACAGGAGGUUCUUUAAAUUUUCAUACUUUGUGGUCAAAAGAAAACAAUUUGAACUAUUUGUAAGUAUCUUUUUUUUUAUAGAGGAAUUUUAAUAUCAAAUUUUGACGGAAAUCUUUUGAGUAAAAAUUUAUAUGGAACUAAUUUAGUUACUCUUCCAUGCAAAUGUUUUAUUUUGUUUUUAACGUAUGUAUACCUGUUAAUUUAAGAACGAUGGUGAAGAAUUAAGCAGACUGACAUAUUUUCUAAAUUAUAGUUUUUUGAUGUUCUCAUAUUCUGCGCUUAUGUGUUAUGUUAAAUAACUCAAUAUUAUUGAUUUAAUAGUAUGUCUAUUGGUGGUAUGUACAUACUGUCAUCCCAGGGGUUGUGAGUUAAGACCCGAGUUUCGAAAAGAAAAACAAUUUUGUAUAACCAUGUAGGGGCAGUUAAUAAAAGGAAAAACACAAAAAUAUUUUGUUUGAAAAAAUAAAAUUGAGUGUUAUGUUGUGUAUUUUUUUUUUUUUUAAUAAGUUUUAAAAUGAAAUUUUGACAGAACUUGUAAAUAUUAUGGCCUUUCAAAACAUGUAUAACAGAACUCCUAAUCGUUUUUUUCGUUAUCAAUAAUUUAUCGCUGGAUACAGGUAUAAAUUAAAUUACAAAUAAUUUUUUAUAUCCUGUCUUCCUAAUUACCCACCUACAACAGUGGCUACAAUUGUCCCCAAUAUUAACUCUUUUUAAUAAGUUUGAAUGGGGGCAGAGUAGUAGAUCAAUAUUUAGACCUCGUGCACCACAUUGUUACACAAACUAUGGUCCACUACUCCAAUUUAAAAGUUAAAUAUCUUGUCAAUGAAUUGACAGAACUAAACAUUUCAACACCUAAAUAUAUUUAAACUAAAAAUCAUUUAUUAAUUGAAUUUUGAAUUUGAGUGACUAAAAUUAAAAAUUAAAAGUGAGUAUGGGUAAGAUAAGAAUAACUUUUUUGAAUACUAUUAUAUAUUUGUUUUAGUAUUUAAUAUAAAAAAAAAAAAUUUCAGCUGCAUUGAAUUAUGGUAUAUUUCGUACAAAAAGUUUUAAUGAAACAUCUCCCAUGUACAUGAUGUUUUAUGAUAUGGGUGCAUAUGGUACUCAAGCAACAGUUGUUUCCUAUCAGCUAGUAAAAUCCAAAGACAGAAUAGCUCCUGAACUUCAACCACAACUUACUGUAUUAGGAAUAGGGUUCGUCAUAUAAAUUUUAAUCAUCAUUUUAAAUACAUAAACAUUAUUACUAUUUUAAUCUUAUGUUGUUGUUUUUUUGUAUACAUUUUACAGCUAUGAACGUAAUUUGGGUGGCUUGGAAAUUCAAUUGCGUCUAAGAGAUUACUUGGCAACUAAAUUUAAUGAUUUAAAAUUAACAUCCAAUGACGUAACUAAGAAUCCCCGAUCAAUGGCAAAAUUAUUCAAAGAAGCUGGUCGAUUAAAGAAUGUUUUAAGUGCCAACACUGAACAUUUUGCUCAAGUAAUUAAACUUUUAUAUACUUCAAAUUGUAUGAAGUUUACAAUUAAUAUAAAUAUAUAAUUUCAGGUAGAGGGUUUGAUAGAUGAAAAAGAUAUGCGUAUAAAAGUUACUAGAGAUGUACUAGAAGAUUUAUGUAAAGAUUUAUUUGAUAAAGUUGUUAUUCCAGCUCAAAGAGCUUUAGAAUCGUCUGGACUUACUAUUGAACUUAUUGAACAAGUAUGAAUAAAAUUAAUUUAUUCCAACAACAAUAAACUCAUAUUAAUUUAAUAAUAUUUUAGGUGAUGUUAGCUGGUGCUGGUACUCGAGUUCCUAAAGUUCAAGAACGUUUAGCUAAAGACUUAAAAAGUGGACAGUCACUUGGUCGAUCUUUGAAUACUGAUGAAGCUGCUGCCUUAGGGGCUGUAUAUAAAGCAGCAGAUCUUAGUAAUGGAUUUAAAGUAAAAGCAUUUAUUACUAAAGAUGCUACAUUAUUCCCUAUUCAGGUUAGUUAUACUACUAUUUCUUUUUUAUGUAUUUAAAUUAAUAUUUAUUUGUAUAUUUAAAUAUUUUUAGGUUACUUUUGAUAAAGAGUUAAUAGAUGAGGAUAAACCUGCAAAACAAGUAAAACGUAUUUUGUUUGGUCUUAUGAAUCCAUAUCCGCAGCGCAAAAUAAUAACAUUUAAUAAACACCAACAAGAUUUUGAUUUUACUGUAGGUUAUGCAGACCUUAGCCAUUUAGAUGAAAAUGAAAUAAAAUGUUUAGGUUCAUUAUCAUUAAGUAAUAUUAAACUAAACGGUGUGCGAGAUGCUUAUACAAAACACCAAAGUCAAGAAGGUGUAGAUACCAAAGGAAUAAAAGCACAUUUCGCAAUGGAUGAUAGUGGAAUAUUAAUUUUACAAAAUGUUGAAUUAUUAAUUGAAAAAACAGUUGUUGGAGAUCAAGAAGAAGAAUCCACAUUAUCGAAAAUCGGGAACACUAUUAGUAAUUUAUUUAAAGGUAAUAUUGAUGUAAAUUUAAAAGGUGAACUAAUUAUGUAAACUAUUCAAAUUGUUUGAAAUUCAGGUCCUGAUGAAAUAUUAAAAGAAGAAAAACCGGUACAUGAGACUCCAGAAGAAGGUCCUAUUCAUCAAUCAUCUAAUACUACAAUAAAUAGUACUGAAACAAUUGAUCAAACAAAUUCUACUGAACAAUUAAAAUUAAAUGAUACAAUUCCAGCUCUUAAUUUAAAGAAGAAUUUAAAAGUUGUAGCUGUUAAAGAAACUAUUGAUGUUAACCAUGAAUAUUUAUUUGUACUUCCUGCCCAAGGAGAUAAUUUGCAGAGUUCAAUUAAAAAGUAAGAUACUUAAAAAAAAUAAAUUAGUUCACUAUUUAGAAUAGCGGUUUUUAACCCAUAGGACACUGGCAACAUGGUAUUGGACCAUGUUUGCUGGUCAAAGGUAUAAACCACAAUUAAAGAACAGAAUUUGGUUCCCGAAGUGUCUUCUGUAAUCUGUUGAUAAAAAGAUAACUAGCGAUCAUAACAGAUUAAGAUACCUUAGGGUUUGUGAUUAUCAUUAUUUAUUAUUCGUUACUGCGUCAGUUUAUUUUAAAAUUACUAUAGAGUGUACCUUAAGAUAUUUCUUAUCGGUUAAAAGUAAAAGACACUUCAGGGGUUUUGUGUAACCACGUUUGCUGCAAAUGAUGGCUUAAGACGUUAUUUAUACAAUUAUUAUCAAUUGGUUUUAAUUUGGUGUUACAUUUCAUUCAUCAGCAUUGUUCAAUGUGUUCAAUAAAUUUUAUUUAUGUGUGUACAAUUUAUAUCUCUAAUUUUCGAAAAUAGACGUCAUAGAAAUGUUUUAAUAAAAAAACGUAAUUUUGACCAGUGCCCCAGGUAUGGGUAUACAAAAUUGAUCAGCAGUGAACGUGUUAAUUGUGGUAUAAACUUAAGGUCGGCAAAUUCUAUGUUAUUUAUAUUAUUAUAUAAACUUCUAUGUUUUGAUCAGUAAUAAUCCCACAAUUAUCUCUAUCAUACAAUUUUAUUGAUUUCAAUUUCCUAUCUUGUAUCCAAUAAAAAUUUUCGUCAUUUUUAUCAUAUUUUAUCAUGCUUGGCACUGUGCGGUGUACUUAAUCCUGAUAUAGACUUUCGUGGGAGAAAAACAAUAUCAAAAAUUGUAUUUAUUUUAACUUAAACCACUUGUUUAUAAGUUUUUUAUUUUUCUUUACAGUAUUUCAUAUUUCUUAUACUGAUUUAUAUGUUAUAAUAUGAUAUAUACUGAUCAUAUGUAUAUGGGUGUCUAUUUAUUUUUACCUGUAUAUUAGUUUAGUGGGCGUCAAAGGUUUUUUUACAUUGAUAUUUUUAUAUUUAAUAUUGGUGGUCUGAACAGCCAAAAAGGUUGAAACUGCUGAUUUAUAAUAUUAAUUCUGUUUAGAAUUAUUGAACUGAAGCAGAUAGAUUUAGCAAAGUCUCGUAAAGAAACAUCAUUAAAUAAUUUGGAAACUGCCAUUAUUGAAACUCGUGAAAGAUUAGAACAGCCAAACUAUGCUAGUUCUGCAACUGAUCUGGAAACUCAAUCAAUUUUAGAUAAAUGUUCAGAGGUGAUUAGCAUUAAGUAUAACUUUGUAUACAUUUUUAAUAACUUGUAUAAUAUUGUUAAGAUAUCCAAUUGGUUGGAAGAUGAUGGCUUUGGUGCUAAUGCUGAAGUCCUAGAUUCUAAAUUUGAAGAUUUAAGAAAAAUAGUUAUGCCUGUUUGGGAAAGAACAUUUGAACAUUUAGAACGACCUGCUAGAUUGGACGCAUUAAAUGGUGCAAUAAAUAAUAGUAAUUCAUUUUUGGAAAAAAUUAAAAAUACUACAUUAGAUGAAACUCCAUUCACACAAGUAGAAAUAGAUACUCUUGAAAAAUUAAUAUCAGAUAUUAAAGUAAGUACUUUAAAUAUGUUAUUUUAAAAUUGAUACAUUUUUCGUAUAUUUUAUUUGUAGAUUUGGAGAGAUAAGCAAGUCGAAGAACAAGAAAAGCUUCCAAAAUCUGUUGAUCCUGUGUUAACAUUACAAACAAUCUCAUUAAAACACUCAUCCAUAGAACGCGAAGUAUUUAAUAACAGCUAAACAUAUAUUAAUACACAGUGAAAACUUUAUAACUCCAUAAGUUAACAUUUUUAUUAAUUUUAUUAAUAAAAAAAAGUAUUUUUUAAAAUUGUUAUAUACAUUUAAUACUAAAUUAAUAUCACAACAACAAACCAAAGACUUUAUCCUUAUCUUUUCCCUAGGACAAGUGGUUGAAAUUUCACUGCAUUUUUUUUAAAAAAAAAAAGUUUACUUUUAACUAUACAUAUGUUUUUUUUUAUUUUCAGAUGAGAUAUUUAAUGAAUAAAUUUACUUCUUGGAAACCAAAAAAAAAAGAAGACCCAAAACCAAAAGGUAAAUGUUUUUAACUCUUUAUUAAGUACUAAUAAAUUACCGUGAGAAUGUUUUUAUUUGACUUAACUAACUAACAAAACUAAAAUCGAUUAAUUAUUGUUCAUGAAGCACCAACAUCAACAUCUAGUAGUGAAAAAGCUAAAUCGCCUGAUCAACAAGAAAAUGAUACCAUUAUAAUAACAGAUUCUGAAGGUGGUGAAGUAGAUAAACCUGAAGCAGUCGAACCAAUUAAUAAUACUGUAAAGGGUAAUGCUAAUAUAGAAAAUCAAAUAAAAUCAGAAGACACCAAACCAAGUGAACCAUCAACAGUUGAACCUACCAAAACCGGUGAGAACCUGAAGAAACUUAUGAACAUUGGAGGGCGCACGGAAAAAAAAAUGUAUUUUAGAUGCUUUUUGCACAAUGCUUGCUCAGCUUUGAAAUUUGUAUUUUCCAAAAAUAUCCAAAUUGCCUUAUAAUCUGAUAAUGGAAAUAUUUUCAUCAUGGAUUUCAUCGGCAUUCAUUGUUUGUUUCAUACAAAUUGCAUUUCGCUUAUUCUAAAUCUAGUAUUUGUUACAAAAAGUACAUAAUUAAGCAUGCAUGUUUCACUACCUUAUCACAUGCUUGGACAUACUCUAUUAUUUUGCUUAGAAAUAAAACAUGGGUACAGAUUUGUACAGUUUAUAAUUGUACUUUCAGUAAACUCAGAUUAAGAAUUUAAAUAAGAAAUAACCAUUUUUCUAUUUAGCCAAUAUGUGCUUCGUGCAAAAAUUGCUUGCACACAUCUAUAUUUAAAAUUAUAAUAUGCGAACAAAUACAUUUACAAUAUAUACUAUUUAUUUGUAUUUAUUUUAUAACUUUUAAAUUAAUUACAAGUAAAUUCAUUUUAAUAUCAAUUUUUAACCCAUUUAAUAUGAACAUUUAUUAUCUAUCGAAUCUAACAUUUACAAACCCACAAAUAAAUCAGAGUUAUAAUCGUAAUCAUAGUUAAUAGAUGGAUUAAUUACUGAAAAAAUUCCUCAUUUUUUAAUAUAUUAGUUCUACGAGUUUAUAUUGGUCACAUUGAAAUAUUCAUUAUAUACAUUUUAAUGUUUAAACAUAACUUCACUAAUAAAGUAAAUUGGUGUUGGAAUUUUCUAGUUUUUUUUUAUAGAUAAAACAUUUAAUUGGAUUUAUAUCCUACAAGUAAAUAUUAAGUUUCAUUAAUAUAUAUUUUGUACAAUUUUUUUGUUUCAGAUGAGAAAAAUGGUGACACACACACAGAAUUAUAA